GAAGAAUACAAGCUUUCGGAGUGUCACGAGCUGCUACGCUGUUGUCGCUCUCGCGAGAUGAGGUACAUCUUGGGUUUUUUUUUCGGAUCUGCUCCAAAGCCAGGGCGCUUGUCGUUGUGAAGGGUUUGGGAAUUGAAAUUUGGCGGAGGCUUUGAGAGUUGCGCAAGCGGAUUCGGUAUUAGGGUGCAGAAUUUUGAGUGAUAGGCGAUCACAUGCGACACUUGCUCUGUUAGAAUUAGAGGGUAUAGUAGACAGGUUCAGCUAGAGGGAGCUGGUCUCGAUUCUAUGCAGGGAAGGGUGCUUAGGAAUGGGGACAGAAGUGUGCACGAUGUUUAGGGGGCGCCUGGUUUUAGUGCUCUUUCUCGUUGUUAUUUUCUCUAACGUGUUCGUAUCGAGCGCUGGAUCAAGUUCGCGGAGUUUUCUCACAGAAGGUCUCAAUCCGCAAGCCAAAAUUGCGGGACAGAGCCGAAGCGAGCAUGCAUAUGCAACUCUUUUGUAUGGUGACGAGUUUCUACUUGGGGUGAGGGUUUUGGGGAAGUCCAUACGGGAUACGGGUGUAACCAAGGACAUGGUGGCGCUUGUUUCAGAUGGUGUCUCGGAUGCCGGUAUUCGUCUUUUGGAAGCAGAUGGGUGGAUUGUUCAGCGUAUCGAGCUACUUGCUAACCCUAAUUCCAAGCGACCUACCCGGUUCUGGGGUGUUUACACGAAGCUAAAGAUUUUUAAUAUGACUGAUUACAGGAAGGUUGUAUAUCUGGAUGCCGAUACUAUCGUAACUCGCAGCAUUGAAGAUCUUUUCGAAUGCCAGAGCUUUUGUGCGAACCUGAAGCAUUCUGAGCGCUUGAAUUCUGGCGUGAUGGUGGUAGAACCUUCGAGGGAUCUCUUUGAGGACAUGAUGUCAAAGGUGGGGAACACAUACUCUUACACAGGUGGAGACCAAGGUUUCCUAAACUCGUAUUAUGUAGGCUUCGCGGAUGCUGAGCUUUUCAAUCCGGAACUCUCACCUGAGAUUCGGAAAGCUCGCCCAAAGAAAAUGGAGCGCCUCACUACUCUCUACAAUGCCGAUGUUGGUUUGUUCGCAUUGGCGAACAAAUGGAUGGUCGAUGCGAGUGAGCUCCGCGUGAUACAUUACACACUUGGGCCAUUGAAGCCGUGGGAUUGGUAUGCAGAAUGGCUACUGGAGCCUGUAAAGAUGUGGCAAGAUAUCAGAGUGACCUUGGAGGAGAUCAUACCUGGAACUGGGCAAGGCCGUGAUCCACGCACAAGUCUGAUCACAUGGACUCUUUUUCUGAUUCCUUUACUAGCUUUGUCCUACAUGAAGAGAGCAUUGCUUCUUCAGAUUCAGAAAGACCUAUUCGGCCUUGCGAGCAGUGGGUCUGUUUUCUUCACUUAUGCUCGACAGCUAUGGUAUAAGUACAAGCCAGGAGCUACCUUGCCUACCUACUCUACCUUAAUUACCGCCAUUCAUAGGGAUCCCAAAGAUGCGAACGGUGAUGCAGGGUUGUCUUGCGUAGUACCAAAUUAUUUGGGGAUAUCGGCAAUUGCUGUAUGUUUCUUCACUUUGUUUGGAUCUCUGGGACUGGCUGCAUUUCUGAUUCCCCGACAAGUGAUGCCGUGGACGGGAUUUCUCUUGACAUACGAGUGGACAUUCUUCACAUUUCUCGUGGUGUUUGCAAAGUAUCUCGACUAUGUGUAUUCCUGGGGAAGAGGCACUGCCACAAAGUCAUUGAGUGUUGCUGAAGAGAUCAGUUUGUACAGCACAGACAAACUACAUUCCAAGAACUCAGUCUCAUGGGAUACUGAAACGAGCACAUACGGUAUUGUCACCGCGCUAGUUGCCCUCCUCAUCCCUGCUUUACCUCGCAUUUUUGGCACCACAGCUAUUUUCGCUCGCGCUGGUCUCAUGGUAUCAGGGGUUUUUCUACUUGCUGUGGUGGCAACCUACUCUGCCGAGAAGCUGGCCGUCCACUGGUUUUUGAAGGGGCAAAAUGAUUGCAGCUACUUGGAAAGAUAGUUUUAACAUCUUUUCUAUGCUCUAUGAAUUAAACGAUAGUUGUGCAGGUAGUUUUUGGCUAAUUAUCGAUUAACUUAGGCUUCCGUGUUAAUUAGAGGCUACGCUUGAGUUUUAGCUUUUGCCAAUUUAUAGACCUAGAUGUCAGAUCACUUAGACUAGGCGACCUCUGUUCCUCCACUUUGGGGCUAAGCAUCACAAUCGAAGAUUCACAUACUUCGGUUGCACGAUUGCGGUGGAUGAUUGUUUUAAAUGGUCUUUGUGCACGGUAGAGGAAACUGGAGAGUUAUUUUGGGUUUAGACAGGAUUCGGGAUGACACAGCCCCGACAGACAAGGUUUGGAUUUUUUUUUUCUAAUCUCAUUUAGGAAUGGCAGUUCAGUGUUGUACUGAAGUUGGAGCUUACGAAGUGAUUAGGCUGUUCUGGGGAGACUGCUCUCUUUUUACGAGAGAUUUCGUUGCAUUUUGUAUCCUUUACCGUUAUCAAGCACGGUGCCGGCGAGACACUGUCAAGGUUGGAUAGCACCGGAAGUGCUGAAUAAUUAUGUGAAGAGCUUCAUUGACCGUUGGAAUCCCUCUUGACAUUCGUUCAUUAAGUCCGUUUUGCCGGCACAUCUCUCAGCUUUCGUAUGUCGUGAUGGAACAGUUUUUAUAGAGUUCCAGGGCAAGUGCACCUUGUGCUCAGCGUAGCGAGCCAGUGCUCCAACUAUGAUGCAAGACACGAGCGUUGCUUAGAUUGUCACAACCAUGCCUGAAAUGGUGGAUUUGACCUCAUCGAAAGCCCGAUCGAUUUUGGUGCGAGUGAAACCACUUUGGAAUACAAUUCAUUCGGUACAAAACGUCAGUGAGAAAUGUGUCGACCACAUCAAACGGUGCUGCAGCGGGGAUCUCAGAGUUCGGCAGUGGGAUACCCACCAACAGAUUCACAGCUUCAAUUUCUCAAGACCUGCGCCUCGAUAACCUAAGAAAUCUUCUUCGCAUUUCUACAUGUUAGAGUGCAUGAACCUGAAUGCCCGAUCUGUGUGAGGUCCUACACUUACUCCAAUAUUACUGCUCUGAACCUCCAGAAGCGAUCUGGUGAUCAAACAAGAUUAGCACAGUCUCUGCGCCAUGGUUUACCUCGAAACCCUAAUCGGAUUUUCGAGGCAUACCAGACUGAUUGCAAAGGCUGUCCUGCGGCUCAGUUUAGGGUUACCGAGAAUCCCGUCAGAGUGUGCAUUUCGACGAUCAAAAUGAAACUUUUGUUCAUUCUUUGAGUGAGGGUAAAUCCAUUUUUUUUUAAAAUAGAGGGUUUUGAUUGUCCAGCUAAGUAGCCAGGGGGUGAGAUAAUUGCCCAAGGAAAGAUAGUCAUAUUAAUAGUAUAGUAUCAUAACAUGUUUGCUAUAUUGGAUCAAAAAAACAAAUUGUGCUAGAAAGUCAA